AUGACAGCUUCAAGUCGGGGUGGACGAGCCGCUCAAAACAUGCUAUCCUCUUCUCCCAACCUUUGCGCACGAUGCGCCUCCUCUUCAGUCUUGCCUAGAUUCCCAGCUCGACUCUACUCUUCCAUCGCCGCAGCCGUAGCCAAAACCCCCACCGAUGCCUCUAACUCGCCGCCCUACGAUGUUCGCUCGGGCAUGAUCCUCACUCGACCACCGCUGGUGACACGGAAUCUACACCCUUUCGAGAACGCCUUCUUCUUCUACCAAAAGCGUCUCGAGGAGCGUCUCAACACCCCCUUCAUCACCGGUAUCUACUUCAAGCCCGACACGGCCCGUCGCUUAGACUGGAACAUCAAGGUCCAGGACCGUCAAGGCACGGUUGCCAAGGAGCUGGGUGUGUACAACGGCAAGAGCUCCAAGGCGUGGGAAGAUGAGCUCAAGGUUGGUGACGAGCUGAGCAACCAUGAGACUAUUGUCAAGUCCUUGCUGAAGGAUGCUGAGGCGCGUGUCAGUGACGAUGCUGAGGUUAUCGCUCCUGAGGACGUUGUCCCCGUUGAACCCCCUACGGACCGUGUAACUGAGGCUGAUCGCAAGGGUGAUGUUCAAAGGCUGGAUCGCCAACUCGAUCGAACCCUGUAUCUCGUGGUCAAGGGCAAGGAUGGGUGGGGUUUCCCCGCGGAUGUGAUUCCCAAAGACGAGAACCUUCACGAGUCUGCCAAGCGUGUCCUCGACCAGGCUGCCGGUGUAAACAUGAACACCUGGCUAGUGAGCCGCGUGCCAGUAGCCCACGUUGUCUCCAGACCCAAGAUCAGCGCCGAGGGCGUCGUCGAGAAGAAGGGCGAGAAGACUUUCUUCGUCAAGGGCAGGAUAAUGGCAGGCCAGGCUGAUCUGAAGGACAACCCCUUCGGCUACACCGAGUUCAAGUGGUUGACCCGUGAGGAGCUGGAGAAGGAGUUGCCCAAGGCGUACUGGAAGGGCGUGCGCAACAUGAUGACUGAUAGGUAA